CCACCGGGCCUCGCCCCACCAUAGCGGAGGAGGAAGAGGAGGGCCCGGGACCGGCUUGGGACUCCAUGGAUUCCUUCUGGCAACCGAAGUCAGAAGAUGAGCAAUCAGUAGUCAGCAGGAUGCAGAAGAAAUACUGGAAAACCAAGCAGGUCCUAAUCAAAGCAACAGGAAAGAAAGAGGAUGAACAUGUGGUGGCGUCGGAUGCGGAACUGGAUGCCAAGCUAGAGGUUUUUCACUCUAUUCAAGAAACUUGCACAGAACUCCUAAAGAUUGUCGAGAAGUACCAGCAGAGACUCAACGCCCUUUCCGAGGAGGAAAAUGAACUGGGUUUUUUUUUAAAGUUUCAAGCAGAGCAGGAUGGAACUCAAGCGAGAAAAAUGAUGGAUGCCACUGGGAAGACUCUCUGUUCCUCUGCCAAGCAAAGGUUAGCCCUGUACACUCCACUGACUCGCCUGGAGCAAGAAGUGGCAACAUUUAGUCAAAGAGCUGUGUCAGAUACCUUGAUGACAAUUAACCGGAUGGAGCAAGCUCGCACGGAAUACAGGGGGGCCUUGCUGUGGAUGAAGGACGUCUCUCAAGAACUGGAUCCGGACACCUACAAACAACUGGAGAAAUUCAGAAAAGUGCAGGUCGAGGUGAGAAACACCAAAACCCAGUUUGACAAGUUAAAGAUGGAUGUUUGUCAGAAGGUGGACCUGCUUGGGGCGAGUCGCUGCAAUAUGUUAUCGCAUUCCCUCGCGGCUUACCAGAUCUGCCUACUUCGAGUCCGCAAUUCACUCUGUUGCCCAGUUUAUAUUUCUAAAGCAACAUUUAGUGCACAUCUCCCCGUCAGUCAAAAACCUCUUAUGGUUGCCCAUUCCUCCUGGCAUCAAGCGGAAACUCAUGAUGUAGGCUUUAAGAGAACUCUCCUAGGAUUCUGGGAAAAAACAGCUCGAAUGAUGUCCCGAAUUCAUGAGGAAUUUACAGAUGUCCAUCCGUAUGACUUUGUGGUGCUUAAGCGACUUCACGAGCCCCCAGCUAAACUUGCUGAAGAACAAAAAGAGGAAAAAAUAGGAAACGAUUCUCUUCCUGAAAACUUUGAGGAGCUAAUUGUGUUGGAUGAAGAAUCCCCCGUGGGUCCGGGGACCGAUCGAGCUCCUGAAGACGACAAAGAAAGCCUUUUUCAAAUGAGUCAAUUUGGACCAUCUCAGCUUUCUGGCCCCGACAAUGUCAUCAAAGACCUACUUGCGGAUUCGCUGGAAGGAAGAGAUUUUGAAAAGGAGUUCUCCUUCCUGAGCCCCGGUUCCUCAGGACCUGCGGAGUCCACUCAGGAACGCCAGACUGCAUUUGGCCAGCCCGGGUCCAGCUUCCCGACACAGAUGGCUUCCUCGGAGUCAGAGACGCUCGCAAAUUUGCCCGGAUUCCUCCCUUCACAGCUCCUUGACCUGGGUCGCCAGACGGCUGGGGGUUUCAAGACCCCAGAAACCAGCAACCGAGACAAGUCAGCCUGGUUCAAUCUGUUUGCUGACCUGGAUCCCCUUUCAAACCCAGAUGCUAUUGGACACUCAGACGAUGAACUCCUUAACGCUUGACUGGAGUUUCUAAGUAGACAAUCAUUUAUAUUGUGCCGGCAGUGGCCGUGAGACACUGACCUCUCUAUCAUCUUGCUUUCCUGGCAGAGUUCAGAUUGUGACCCAGACCCAAAGUGUGGCAUGUGAGAUUGUGAUACUGCUUGAGCCCCCUACUCUCCUGAGGUAAAGGCCUGGUCAAGACCACUGGGAAGAAGCUGUCCUGUCUUUAAUGCAGCUGUUUCGUGACUGUCGUCAGUAUUGUGUGGAAAACCUAUUAGGCUAUUUUGAAUCAUCCGAGUCUCUCAAUUCUCAAAGUUCCUGAACAGAAGCUGAAGAGUUUCUCCGUUAAUAAGCGUAUUUACUUAUGUUUCCAAGGAAACAGCCUAUUCAGGAGAACACAUUUUUGGGUCAUAUGGUGCCUUUCAUCCUCCCCAAGUGUAAUCAGUGUUGUCUGCGAAAGCUCCAUCUACAUGGAGGCAUGGAUUUGAUUUAUCUUGUAAAUGGAAUGUGCAUUUUUCGAAGAGGACCGGCCUUGGCUGCUGAGUUAGCGUGAUCCAUUCUAACAGUAAGGGGGAAUUAGUUUGAGGUCUCCGUGACCUCUGAGGGUGGGGCAGAAAUGCACUGACUCUCAGUCAUUCUUUUCCUUUUCAUGUGAGGCCAACAUUUCAAGUAAUUUCUUUACCUUCCACCCAGGGACAGGUGAUCUUCCUACGACUGAAACAGGAGAGAAGAGCAGAGUAGGUAAAGAGCUUUAACUCGCCCAACUUUUCCAUUAUGGGACACAUUUUUUCCCCUCCUUCAAGUGACAUUCCCACCAGCAUUUGAAUAGUGCCUGAGCACACACCUCUCUCUCCUUCCUUCCCUUUGGUCUCAGAAGUCCUCAGGGACCACUACAGCAGGCUGAUUGUGAUCCUAGAAAAGACUGUAGACUGCCAGACUACAUGCUGGAGGCCUAAAUAGGAGACUGUACACAGGGUGGGAGGGUAACGUCUGGGGCCACUAAGUUCCUGUACAAGCCCCCAAAGCUGUUCCCCCACCCUCAUUUGUCUCUUCGGAUGAUGAGAAAGUGGGAACUCCUCCCUUUUCCGUGUUGGCUGUAAACUCAUCCAACUCCCAGAUCGUGAGCCUGAGCUCAGCUCCUGGGCCUGGGAACUUAAAAGGGCAAACACUCAGCUCUACGUCAAACAUACAAAGUACGAUCCAAGAUGGGGCCUUGCCCACCGGCAAUUCACGAAGGCCCACCAGUAAUUCACGAAGGCCCAACAGUCAGGGGACUCUGCUUAUCUCAUCCCUUCACUGAAGUUGAGGUCUUCUUCCACCUUCCAAACUCACAACCACAGAGUGACAGGAAAACACAGAAGUCAUGGAAACAGUGUGGCUUUCCUCAGUCCUCAUUUUAGGGCACAUCGCUGGAGCAGUAGAUUGGAUUCGCUCCAGAACAGAAAAAGAAAUAACCAUCCCUUACCUUGAGCCCAGGGGUGGGCAAGAUAGGGACUGCCAGAUUUAGCGGGCCUCCACUAGUUGCAGAAGGGCAGCCGACUCCAUCAAGAGCGGCUCCUUCUGUGUCUAGAGCCUGCUGCUCAUACGGUCAGAACCUGCCUCCGCAUAAUAAUAAUAAUAAUUUUGGUAUUUGUUAAGCGCUUACUA